CUAAUACCAAAGUGUUAUUUUUAUUAAGUAACAGAUACUAAAACACAAAAGAAUGAGUGGCGCCGCAGAUAUAAAAUAUAAGUGUUCCCUCAGUGGAGAGACGCUUGAGAAAGCAAAGAAAGAGUUAAAUGAAGACCCUGAAACUAGAGUCUAUGAAGUAAAGAACUUACGAGCUCGUUUGGAAAAAGUUCCAGGUCUACAACCCCGUACUGACAUAAACUUCCUGUUGCUGUUCUUACGCGCUCGCAAGUUUGAGCAGGAGAGAGCAUUUCUGCAAUUGAAAAACUAUUACGAGACACGUAGAGAUAGCUCAGACUUGUUUGAUGACUUGAAGCCAUCUAGAGUCAAGCAUGUGAUGGAAGACGGACUAUUUGAGGUGUUGAAGGAGAGGGACAAUAUGGGCUGUCGCGUUGUCAUCAUGAGACCAGCCAAGUGGGACCCAGACAGAUACCCCAUGACGGAAAUGUUAAAGGCAAAUUUUUUGCUGUUGUCAAAGCUGAUCGAAGAAGAAGAGACGCAGGUUAAUGGUGUCCACCUCAUUAACAACCUGGAGGGGGUAUCAUUCAAGCAAGCAUCCCACAUCACCCCAUCUAUGGCUAAAAGAAUGAUGCACAUUAUGCAGGAUGUGGUACCACUUAGAUUGAAGAGACUUGAUUAUGUUAAUGAACCGGCAUUUUUUGAUGUUGUGUAUGCUAUUAUAAGGCAGUUCAUGAAAGAGAAACUCACCAAAAGGAUUGUGCUGAAUGGCUCAAAGUUUGAUAAACUUCACGAGUCAAUUAGUCCAGACUUCCUGCCAAAAGACCUUGGUGGAAAAUUGGAGCCUUACAGUAACAAGGAAUGGAUGGAUAAUUUCCUGGCAUCAGACAGCAAAUUUGUUGAAAACAAUAAAUUUGGGUUUGUCAACAUGGCACUCAACAGUGAGAAGAGCAGCAACAAAAGUGUAGACGCUGGCAUUGCUGGUCUUGGAGGCACAUUUAAAAAGUUAGAUAUAUAAAACAUUGUCAUCCAUUUUGUUAUUCAGCAUUACCUUAAUCUUAGUUUUUAUACAUAUUUUUAAGUAACUACUCUGUUUGAUGAUUGCAUAAUACAUUAUAAUUUGUGUUUGUUUUUAAAAAAACUUGCUUUUUUUUUGUAGCCAAAGAUAAAAUAACUUAACUCUUGUAUGAGCUGACUCCUUACUGUUUUUAUCUUUUUGUUUCAUCAUUAAUUUCCAGUUUUAAUAAAUGAUAUAGUUUUGAUAGAUAAAAAUCAGCUGUAGUUUGUUGAAUGUCAACAAAGACAAGGUACAGGCAGCAUUUUAGAAUUUUACAAAUAUUGUAUUUUACACUAAUUAGCAAACUUUAUAAGCUUAAGCAAAUUAAGAUGCAGAUUAAAAACAUAGCUAGAUUAGAUGAAGAAAGGUCACAAGGUUUUAGGGUCACACAUUCAAUGUAGGGGUAAGCUACUACCUAUAUGGCCAGUCAGUUUUCACCCCAAUGUUGUUUAAUGUCCAGGUAAUUUUAACUAAACUUGAAUGAGCUGUCUCAAAACUCCUACUCAGGAAAA